AUUUUAGGGACGGCCGAAAACUGCGGUUAGUUUCGGUGCGUACUCGUGCCGGUCAAUUAACAGAGCUGGUGUUUCUAUAAAGGUUGUAAUCUUCGGCGCUAAGCGCUUCAGUUGGUUGGCAGUUCUUGGUCGUGAAACAAAAGGAGACGACAUUUUGUAAAAUGGUUAUUCAGCUAUUCCUUUGCCUUACUUUUCUGAAGUGGUCCUUUGUGGAGUCCACUUUGCUAUUUCAAACUAACUCGGAAUUCGGUAUAUUCAUGGCCAUAUCCGUACCGCUUACUUUAAAGAACCGCAACGUCUUCCUUUCGUAUAACUACGAGUUUAACUACUAUCAGCCCGAGCACAUCUACAAGUAUCCUCCCAUAUUGAUGGGUGAUAAUUGGGAGGACAGUUACCUCACUUAUAACACCACUGGAGGUGUGGGUAGCAGUAGCAGCAGAUCAUUUUCUCCUGCAGAUGGUAACGAUUCCACAAAGCUUCGAUUUAGCCGCUCCUUACCGGUCAUGAGUCGUACUAAUUUCUAUAUCAUGCUCAAGGACAAAUUGGAAAGAACUGGUUAUCCUUCUGAGUCCUGUCUCCUGCGCUUAAUUUGCGAAACUAAUGCCUCGACACUUGGCCAAGUCAAUGGACUCUUGGGCAGCAUAGUGCAUAUCAUAUUCUCACCCAGCAGCUCGAGUGACGAAAAUCUCGACAAGGUUUAUUACCAAGCCGAAUGGGAUGGCCACCGGCAUGGGGACUGUUCGUCUUAUGCGCGUCACUGCGAAGAGAAUGUUUUGGACCUGAUCUCAAGGCCGUUGUACGAUGUUCUUCGAGAAGCAAUGGACAGACGGAAUGGAAGACAAUAAACUGGAUGGUCGAUCAGGCGCUUACAGUUUGAACUGCAUAAAACCAAUUCGGA